UAAUUAUUAUAAUCAUAGAGAGAUUUACUUCUGAAAGACGACAAUCAUUGCAGUUUCGAUUUUAAAUUUUAACAAUAGAUCUAGACUCGAGCAAAGAGCUAGAGAUUAUUAGCUCUUAUUAUUAUGUUCUUGACGCCAAGUGAUUUCACUAAGCAAACCUUUACUGAAUUUAUAGGACAUAAAGAUGAGGUGAACUGUGUGAGCUACUCCCCUGACUUUCAGUUUGUAGUUACUGGAAGUGAUGACCAUAGAGUCAGAGUUUUUAAUGUUAAGACCAAACAGUGCAUCAUAAAACUAAGAGGGCACAAUGGUGCUAUUAAAUGUGUAGCUGUAUCCCAAUGUAGCAGAUAUUUAGCCAGUGGAUCUUAUGAUAAGUCUGCUAGAAUAUGGAAGACAGCUAGUGGAGAGUGUCUCCAUGUUCUCAGUGGUCAUCAUAAAAGUAUUGAGAGCAUUGCAUUUUCUCCUGGAGCUGUUUAUGUAUGCACUGGCUCAUGGGAUAGAACAGCUAGACUCUGGUGUGUCCAGACAGGAAUGGUAUUGCAGAUUUUUCAUGGUCAUGGUUCACUGGUCCAGUCAAUGGCAUUUUCUUAUGAUUCGCACAUGUUGGCUUCUGGAUCUUGGGAUUUUACUGUUCGAGUUUGGUCUCUAAAUCAUAAACAUUAUAAAAAAAUCAGAGCCAAUGUAAACCAAUGCUCUAGUGAAAAGAUCACUUCAGAUAGGAAAGAUAAUACACUCACUAAAACUCUACAUUUACAUAAUAUAAGUGAGACUGAAGAAGACAAUUCUGACCAUCAAAAUGAAACUACAAGUGAUUUAAAAGAAAACCAUGAUGAUAAAGAAAAUGAAAUAGAGUACAGAAGUUUAAUUGGCCACACAGGAAAUGUUCAUUCAGUCACUUUUUCAUUGAUUGGAAUGUUAGCAUCAGGAUCCUGGGACAGAACUGUGAGACUAUGGAAUCCUUGGAAAGGUAUCUGUUUGAGACAUCUUGUUGGUCACAUUGGCUGGGUACAAGCUGUUAGUUUUUCACCAGAUUCUACUUUUAUUGCAAGUGCUGCUGAUGAUGACUAUGUUAAAAUCUGGGACAUUGUUUCUGGUGAUUGUGUUAAAACAUUAGAGGGCGAUACAGACAUGGUACAGUUUUGUGCUUUUACUCCAGAUGGUGAGGUUAUAGCUUCAGGUGCUGCUGUGGUACAAGGGAAGCAACUACCCAAAAGGAAAAAUGAAGAGGAAAUAAAAGAUGCAGAAGAUCAACUUCUGGCCAUGUUAAACUGCGAUUGAUGAAGUUUAGUCGUCAAAUGUAAAUAUAAAUGAUUUACAGACUUAAGUUUUAAUCUGUAAAUAUAAAUGAAAGUACACAAAAAACUUGUAUAUGCACUUAAUAUCUCAUUGUAAAUAUUUCCUCAAACCACAUCUCUAUAAGCUCUUAUUAAACUGAUGUAUAUCUUUUAUAAGAAUAUCUAAAAUAUUACAUGAAAAUGUAAACAUAAAAUCAAUACAUCGUUACAUAUUAUAUUAAGUUAACACUUCACAUUGUCCUGAAAUUGAAGAUAUUUGAGCCUUAAAACUUACCUACUUCUUGUUUCGGAUUAUCAAAUUAUUGUUUUAAUUUUUGUAAGUUUUAAGAGAUUUUGUUGGCAUGCCACUUAGAAUAAUGUUUAAUGAUGGAUUUUUGAUAGCAUUAUUUCCUCUAAUAAGUCUGGCAAUGUAUUUUGUUCUAAAAAUAUUUUUCAUCCGUCAGUAAAACUUUCAUGAACAACAUCACAUUUAAAGACUAAGGUGGUUAUUUAAAAAGUUUUCUCUCAAUCAAAAUUAAAAAUUCAAAAAAAAAAAAAGUUUGGCUUGACAUUUUUAUUAAUGAUAACUUGUACAGUUUCUAUUUUAUGUCCUACUGUUGUACUAAAAAAGUAUUAUGUCACUUAUUUCUUUAUAAUUAUUUCAUUUUUUUUCUAUCAUAACCUACAUAUUUCUGCAAUUUAGAAUGGCACAUUUCUAGUUCCAUACACUAGAACAAAUUUGUACAAAUACUCCUUCUUUUCUACUGCUAUUAGAGCAUGGAAUGAGUUGCCUAGAUCAGCCAGAAAAAACAAAGAUUUGGCCGAAUAAGUCAUUAUUAACAGGCACAGGUCACGGGUAGGACAUAAUCAUCUUCUUUUUUGAAGUAACGACUGUAUUUUAUAAAAAUAAGAUAUGGUAUUUUUUAGAUAAAAUUGUUAGGUCCAAAUUUCCUGUACUAAUAAAUUGGGUCUUUUAUUCUUAUAUUGUACAUUUUGAAUAAAAUGUUCACAGUAGGAAACUCUCUUUUUUUUUUUUUAAAUGUUUAAUCAAUGAAAUGUUUUAAAAUUUGUCUUUCAUAAAAGUAGAUACACAAAAAUAUACUUAUUCGCUUCCAGUUAACUUGCCAAAAUUAGUUUUUUUUAAUUGCUUUACUUUUGACCUAACUUUGACUAUGUCAUGUAUAAAUGAAAUAAAUCAUAUAACUCCA